UGUGGAAGAAUCUAUUAAAUUUAUGUUAUUUUUAUCUUUAAACUGAGGUCAUCUAAAAAAAUUGUACCAAUUGUAAAUUAAGUACUCACAGGCGUCAACUUUUUUUGCUGAAAAAGUGGGGAUUCAGCUACUCAAUAACAUGAUACAUCAAGAUAUCCAUCAUAUACGUUUUUUCUAUCUCAACACUUGUGUCAAAAAAAAAAAUAUAUUUCUCUCAACAAUACAGCUUGUAUAUACAAAUUGUAUAAAAAUAAAAUUACAUUUUUGAAAUAUAUUUUGUGAAAAAUUAAAAAACCCAAUUGGAAUAAUGGCUGAGGAAAAUCGUGGAGGCAGACCAAGCAUCUCUUCGAGAUUCAAACGACACCUUGGGGAGUCACCGUUUUUUUGCAAAAUUAUUGAACUUCUACUUUGUGUGAUAUCAGUUGGUUUAUUCACUGGUCCAUUCAACAAUCAUCUAAUGCCAAAUUUAAAUCAUGCUGGAAUUAUUUAUGUUGCAACGUGUGGAUUUAUUCUGAUCAAUGCUGUUAUCGUGAUAUGUUAUUUACUUGGUGAAAAAAUUGGCAAAAAAACGUCGCUGACCUUCUGUGGACUUGGUGCAUUAUUAUGCCUUAUUGCCGGCUUAAUUCUUAUUAAUGACAAAAUUAAUUACCAAGAUAAUUAUAUAACACGAUAUGAAGACGAAUACUUGGGGCAAAUGAUGGCAAGUGCAGUAUUUGUUUUACUUGCAUCAGGAGUUUUCAUUAUUGAUAUUUAUUUAACAAAUAAAUAUGAUUAAAAUUUAUUUUAUUUUUUUAAUUUCAAACAGAUAAUUAAACAAUCUACUAACUUUAAAAUUAUAUUAAUUUUUUUUUUUUCAAAUAAAUAUUUGUUAUUUUACAAGUUAUACUUAUAAAAUUUUAGAAAAUUUGGUGUAAUGCUUUUUUCUUUUUUUUUUCAAUAUUAAUAAAUAUUUUUAAUAUAAUUUUUUUCACGUGAAUAAUUUUUUUACCUAUUUUAUUUAACUUUAAUGACUUGAUUUAUUUUUAUAGUUAAGUCAUUUAAAAUAUUACGCUUGAAUAGAAUUUCUUUUUUAAAAUUUAUUAUUAAAAUUUAAAUUAUUUUUUUCAUGAAAAUUUUCUGCUCCUAGUGUUAGCCACUUGAUUUUUUUAAAAACUUCUAUUCACAUCAUACUAAAAACAAUAAAAUUAUAAAAUUCAAAUAAUUUUAAAAUAAAAAUAUUUAUUAAUAUUUAAAACUUCCAACACGUAUAUGCAUUCCCGACCUUCAAUCAAAAACGAAAUAAAUUUUAAAUGAAUUUAAAAAAAAAAAAACACCUGUGUUUGAUGUUCGUAUCUUUGUAUAGUUAGAUACACCUAUUCUAAGUCUCUUCCUACAUUUAAAAUUAGAAAAAACAUUAUUUAUUUCUCUCUUUAAAAGUCAUCAAUCCUAACAUCAAAAUUCUCAGGUGACACAGAUAAAAAAAAAAAAACGAAUUUUAUUUU